CAGCAGGCUCCUCCUCUCCAGCACAUUGAAAAACGAGACAAGUUUCCACUUUGGGUUUGCACUCUCGCAGCUUGGCAGCAACGAGCACCAGUCACACCCUCUGCCCAGGCGACAGUUUCCAGGCAGCCUCCCUCAAAAGCUGGGUACCAGUUGGGGCUGGAGAGCAUCCUUAAAGCAAGCAUCCUCAGUGACGCUCCAGGAAGCCUUCUGCUCUGCGAGGAGAGCCGACAUGCACCUUAACACAACUUCUUCGCUCUACCAGCUGGGAUACCUUAUGGGUCAGUUUCACUUGCUGCCCACCAACUACGUGAUGCCUUCAGCUGGGAACGUCUCCAAUGCUUCGGAGCUUGGGUCUAAGGUGCCCAAUGAGGAGGACCUGGACGUGAACACGGACAUCUACUCCAAAGUCAUGGUCACCGUCAUCUACUUGGUGCUCUUCCUGGUGGGGACCAUUGGGAACUCCAUCACUGCCUACACCCUGGUGCAGAAAAAGUCCCUGCAGAACCUGCAAAGCACCGUCCAUUACCACCUGGCCAGCCUGGCGUUCUCCGACCUGCUCAUCUUCCUCCUCUGCAUGCCCAUCGAACUGUACAACUUCAUCUGGGUGCAUCACCCCUGGGCUUUCGGAAACGACAUCUGUAAGGGCUACUACUUCCUGAGGGACGCCUGCACCUAUGCCACUGCCCUCAACAUCGCCAGCCUCAGUGUCGAAAGAUAUAUGGCCAUCUGCCACCCUUUCAAAGCCAAGAGCAUCAUGUCCAGGAGCAGGACCAAAAAAUUCAUCAGCUGCAUCUGGGUCGCCUCGUUCCUGCUGGCCAUUCCGAUGAUCUUGACCAUGGGAGAGGUAUACAAGCAAGAUCCAGGCACUGUGAUCUGCACCCAGAUAGUAGAAGCGUCCACACUGAAAGUUGUCAUCCAGGUCAACGCUUUCAUCUCCUUCGUUUUCCCAAUGGUUGUCAUCUCCGUCUUGAACUCCAUAAUUGCCAACCAGCUCAUCAUCAUGUUCAAGCAAGCCGCACAAGAAAACCAGGUGUGCACUAUUGGAGGGCAGCAAACAAUGCUCAGCAUGUCCAUGGAGCCUGGCCGUGUACAAGCCCUGAAGCACGGCGUCCGAGUCUUACGAGCUGUUGUGAUUGCCUUUGUUGUCUGCUGGCUUCCGUAUCAUGUACGGCGACUUAUGUAUUGCUAUGUGCCAGAAAAUCAGUGGUCAGACUUCCUUUUUGACUUCUACCACUACUUCUACAUGCUGACAAACAUCCUCUUCUAUGUCAGUUCAGCCAUCAACCCAGUCUUGUACAACCUGGUCUCUGCCAACUUCCGCCAAAUCUUCCUCUCCACGCUCAUGUUUGUGUGCCUGCCAUGGAGAAAGAAGAAGAAGAGGACCAAGUUCAACAGGAAGUCCAACAGCAUCUCCAGCAACCAUACCUUCUCCAGCCAAGUCACCAGAGAAACCACAUAUUGAGUCUUGGGCAUUGUCAAGGAAGGAAUGAACAAGCAUCUUGAUUCAAGGCAGAAUCGGAGCUUGUGAAGAGGGCUGUACUGCUUUCAUACAUGACCUCCAAAUUCACCAUAGCAUGAAUGUGUUUAGCUGGUUGUCAUACAUGGGAAUGAAUAGACCUCUGUUCUACAGAUUAACUUUGGGGUUAUGUUAAUGCAUCGGCCUCUGCCUUUUGUGAGUAACGUCUCCAUGUUGUGUAAUUUUGAUCCAGCAUAGAAGUUGCCUGUGACGUCAUCCAGGAAGCAUCAACAUUUAUGGAGUCAGUGUUGGCCAAGCUUGAAUGCUUCUUGUACUGCAGCUCAUCCAUUUCUCAGUUUAGAAGUGCCACAGGGGUGUUGGAAAAGACCCACCUCUCCUGGUGAUCUUAAGCCGGUAUAGAAGAUGGGUGGGUACUGUGGUUGGGGUUUGUUUUGGUUUUUAGUGAACAGGGCUUGUUGCUUUUAGGGUGGGAGAAGGGAAACUUAUCCAACGGGUCUUUAAAGAAAGAGGAAUGUAAAUUGUUCAAUAAAGAAGGGCAUGCAAUACUCAGGGAAUGAGGUUAUUCUUGUACUUUUGGGUUUGGGGAUGAAUUCAGGUUCUGCAAUGAGUGUUUGGGAGAACCAGUUUGGCUCCCUUUCAUUUGAUAAGGGGAGGGUGGGGUGCCUUGGAAAGUCCAUGGUGCCAUCUUGGGUCACGUUUUCAAUAAUAUUUCAUUAUUUUGGCCUAGGAAACCACUGUUGUUAUUAUUUGUGUAUGUGCCUGUCAUAGCAGGGCCACGUUCCUUGAUCAAAGCUUCUGGGCAAUGCCUACCAUUGUAAAGUAAAGAUUUUGGCAAAGGCAAGGGUGCCUGGGAAAAAUAUACUCUACCUGCUAGGAGAGAAAGGGGAAAGUUGUUGCAUCUUUUCUAUAGCGCUGGAAUUCACUUGAGGUAGAGGAGACACAUCCAGCUUUGAUUACUGGUCGAGUUCAAGCGGCUGUGUCUACCAACUGUGUGACACUUGUGUCAUGCCAAUCAUAUGCAAGGUGCCAUACAAAUCAAGGGGCUGCUCAGAGCACUUGCAAUCUACAGUAGAUAAUGAAGAAGAGAUGAGGGAAGAAGUUAGGAAAUUGUAAGUAGCAGGUAUGGCUGUAGUAGCUAAAUGGCAGUGGAAAACUGAGUCUGGAUAAGGUAUUAAAAAGAGCGUACGCUCCAUUUUUUCUUCACCAACAACUCUGUAUAGUAAGUUAGGUUGAGACAUGGUGGCAAGCCAACAAUAUGGAAUAAAAAAUACCUCUUGUGUGCUAACAAUUUAAGGGAUUGGAGGGGGAAAAACAGGGAGUUACAGAACAGCUACUGAUGGUUUGAGAAAAUAAGAAUAGUUAAAAUCAGAGUUGUGAAUCGAACAAUAGCAAAGAACGCAGAGACUUUAAUGAGGGCAAAAUCUCAAGACAUCUGGAACAUGGGAAGUCCGCUUUUGAAUUUUUUUGUAAUUGGAAUAUAUAAUCGGUGGUAUUAUUAUUAUUAUUAUUAUUAUUGUAAUUUGGAAUGAUUUGAUUGGAUUUGUUAUUAAUUCGAAGAUUUCAUUGAAAAUGAAUAAAAAUUAUUUACAAAAAAGAGAGAGAGGUGGUGGCCAGCCUAAGCUCAGCCUUCCCCAAACCUGAUAUCUUCCCGAUGGUUUGGAUUCCAGCUACCAUCAGCCCCAACCAAUGUGACAUCUUUGCAGCUUCAUGGUUGCAAAGUUACCCUCCCUCACCUAAAGAGGUGGAGGGAAAACUCUUCUCUUUCUACAGGUAUGGGAAGCGUGGGGCCCUCCAUAUGUUGCUGGAGCCAUCAGCCCCAGCCAAUACAGUGUAUGGUCAGAGAUGAGGAAAGCUACCACCCAACAACAUCUGAAGAGCACCAGGUUGGGGGGAGCUGCCCUAAGGCCACCGGUUGAGCAUCAUGGCUGAGGUGAACCUAAUUUCCCUAGUUCUAAGUCCAGCCCCUAUCCACUACACCAUACUGAGACUGAUAUUAAUAUGGUGAUUUCCUAAAGGCAGAUUCAACUCUUCAACAUGCAGGAAAUAGGUUUGCCUUGGAGUGCUUCUCUGUUUCCCAGGAUUUCUUCCCCUCCUGAAUAGUUCCUUGGCGUAGCAGCUAGUGAUCAGUGGUGUGACAACAAGUGUAGCUGGAGAAUGAGAAAGACAUCUGUUCUCCUCAGCCUCCAUUCUAAACAUCACAGCAUUUGGUGAUGUGCUGACUGAGCAACUAAGCAUGAAGGCAAAACUCAAUGGCUGAAUCUCUGCUAGGGAAAACUUAUAGCAUAUCUGGGCAGAUCCAUAUCUGAUAAUCCAGUUCUUUCCAAAUCUAAAGACCGCUCAACUGGGCUUGAUUUAUCUGUUGCUAGACUGUACCAUGCUGGGGAACUUGAAAACUUCCUCGUUAUUUGGCGGUAUGUCAAUGUUAGGCUUUGGUGCAUAUAUUUUGCAGCAAAGUGCAGGAUUAUAUCGUCUGGUAUGACUGCUGGUGAAAUAAUAAAGAAACUUAAGGUUUAUUAAUCCUGGCAAACAAAUCCAUCCUGGGUAGAGUCUUGGAUGUGGCCAUCAUGAGGUAUGGUUGCCAUACGUCCAGAAUUUCCUGGACAUGUCCGGGAUUCAAACGGCGAAAUUAGCGUCUGGCAAAAUGUCCGGAUUUUUUGCCAAGAGAACCAGGAAGCUCCACAACUUUUCUUUAAAUAUGGCAACCCUCUCAAGAGGUUAAUGAAAGGUCUAAUACUGACUGGAGGAGUCUGAGAAAAACUAUCUAUAGGUAGUUACUUACAAAAGAAUCAGGGAAGAAUAGAUUGCCUGUAAGCCACCCCCAGUUCCGACAUCUUAUUGAAAACACUGUUGCUUUACUCCCAAUUGAUAAUAGGAUUUAAGGACAACUAACUUUGACUUUUGAAUUCACCACAACAGGGACACAGUAGUUGAUAUGUCUGAUAUGUCUGUGCCUUUAGAUCAAAAGAAAAUGCAAGUAAAUAAACAAAAGAAAGAAAAGCAAAAACACACAUAUGCACACGUGUGGAUACUUAAGUCUGUGCUUGUGUACUUUUGGCAUGUAACAAAAUGCCUGGAGGCAGACAUUUUGGUUUACAUUCAUUAUUUUGGGGUGAAUGAUAAAGAGCAGGAGGCCGGACCUUCAAGCUUCCUUGCAACUCUAGAAUUCUGUGAUUUUGUAACAUUGCAAAAUAUGGAACAAUGUAUGAACCAAGUUGCAUCAUGUGUAAGCAUUGUACCAAAUUCAAUAAACCUAUAUGAAGUUAUAUAAACCAUAAAGAGCUCUGCAAAAAACUGCAGGAAUAACUAAGGGGACGGGUAGAUUUAUUUAAGGAAAGAAAUGAAAGCAGUAACUGCAUUUUCCCAAUUACUUCAUAGAUUUUGAUUUAUUUAUUUUUAGAUCCUUUGGAGGGGAACUUUUAAAGGGCCAAAAGACAGCAUGUAUAUAAUGUUAUAAACAUGAAUAAAUGUUCACUUUGCUGUAUGUCAAUGUGAUGAUCCGUUUCUGUUAUUAUUUAAAUCUGAUUUUUUAAAUAAUGAUUUGACAAAACAGCUUGAAUAAUCUGCAUGCAUCUGUUUUGAAAGUCCUGAAAAUGUAGCACAUUACAGCUCCAAACCGGCUAGCGACACUUUACAGAUUUUUCUUCUUACGCAAGGAGGAAGACAUAAAAGGAAUGAGACAUACUGGAUUUGGCACUGGAUUGGCCUCAUCUGGCAUGCAUAAUCUCUUGAGGGAUGAUCAAAGGGCUGCCGCAUUUGA